GAGUACACAAUUCAAAGUUCAUCCCAACCUACUAUAUGACUGGGAGUGUCAAGCACAGAUCUUUGGAUUGGGAAUUUCAUGUGCUUGGUUUAAAGCCCAGAUUUAGUUUGAGCAAGAGUUAAUCAUGAAGACUGUGAAGGGCUUCUGUGUCUUUUUCGUGCUGCAUCUAUGUUUCUUCGACUCAGGAAUGACUGGGAAAGUUCUUGUAUGGCCCAUGGAUUUUAGUCACUGGAUGAAUUUAAAAGUUAUUCUGGAAGAACUCCAAGUUCGCGGGCAUGAGAUAACCAUCCUGAUGCCUUCAUCAAGCUUUCUGCUUGAUCAUGCCAAGCUUCCCUUUAACGUGGAGAUCCUUCAAAUUUCACUAAGCAAAGAAAGCUUCGUGGAAAAGUUGAUUGCUGAUCUCUAUACACUCUCUUUUGAAGUGCCGAAACUUUUAUGGUGGAACAGGCAAGUCAAGAUGACACAAAUGCUCAGAGAUUUUUUUUUGAUAACCAGAAGCAUAUGUGACAGUGCUGUCACAAACAAGGAGUUACUCAGCAGGCUACAGGCAGCAAAGUUUGAUGUCUGUAUUGCUGACCCUUUAAGCUUUUGUGGGGAGUUGGUGGCUGAGCUCCUCAAUAUUCCAUUUGUAUACUCUUUUCGUUUUUCCGAUGGAAAUGUCUUUGAGAGGCUGUGUGCUGGACUUCCUAUGCCUUCCUCAUAUGUUCCGAGCAGCACAUCGGGACUGACAGAUAACAUGACUUUUGUUCAGAGGCUGGAGAAUUGGUUAUUGUAUGCAGUGAAUGUAGUGAUAUAUACAUAUUUUUUAUUUCCAGAAUGGGAUGAAUAUUACAGCAAAGUUUUAGGAAAACCCACCACAUUAUGUGAGACUAUGGGAAAAGCUGAAAUGUGGUUGAUUCGAACCUCCUGGGAUUUCGAAUUUCCUCACCCUUCCUUGCCUAAUUUUGAAUAUGUUGGAGGACUGCACUGCAAGCCUGCGAAGCCCCUGCCUAAGGAAUUAGAAGAGUUUGUUCAAAGCUCUGGGAAAGAUGGAGUUGUGUUGUUUACUCUGGGGUCAAUGGUCAAAAACCUCACAGAAGAAAAGUCUAAUAUGAUUGCAUCAGCUCUUGCCCAGCUUCCACAGAAGGUUGUGUGGAAGUACUCAGGAAAAAAGCCAGAAACCUUAGGAGACAACACUCGGCUAUAUGAAUGGAUUCCACAGAAUGAUGUUCUUGGUCAUCCCCAAACCAGGGCUUUUAUCACUCACUGUGGAACCAAUGGCAUCUAUGAAGCUAUAUACCACGGGGUCCCUGUGGUGGGAAUCCCCCUGUUUGGUGAUCAGUUUGAUAAUAUUGCUCGUGUCCAAGCUAAAGGGGCUGCUGUUCAAUUAGACUUGCUCACAAUGACGAGUUCUGACCUACUCAAUGCUUUGAAGGCAGCUAUUAACAAUCCUUCCUAUAAAGAGAAUGCUAUGAAGUUAUCAAGAAUUCACCACGAUCAACCUGUGAAGCCCCUGGACCGGGCGGUCUUCUGGAUUGAGUUUGUCAUGCGCCACAAAGGAGCCAAGCACCUGCGGCCAGCAGCCCACGACCUCACCUGGUACCAGUACCACUCUCUCGAUGUGAUUGGGUUCCUGCUGGCCUGUGUGGCAGCGAUUACAUUUCUGGUCACUAAAUGCGGCCUGUUUUGUUGCCGGAAGCUUGGUAAAACUGCAAGGAAGAAAAAGAGAGAGUAGGUUUUUUGUUUGUGUGUGUACCGGUUGAUCUGGAACAAUGUACAGAGUUCAUCUGAACUCAUUCGGCCAUGGAUUGGAACCAGAUUCCUCUCCUACUCUUCUGGGUGCCUGUCCAUUCCUCAGCUUUGUCACAUGCAACAUCGAAGAAUCGCCCCUGCAAUGUGCCAUGUGAUUUAGAAUUAAGGUUUAAGAUAAUCUAUUCCUUGAAAAGAGAUGCUAAACAAAUAAACACAUGGAAGAUGCUACCGUUAAGGACUUACUGCUUUAUUUUGCUUUCUGUUUAACCAACUAAUGCACUGUUGGAGGCCUUAGGAACAUAAGGAUUCCUGCUAUUUUCCGUACUGAUCAUAUUGAACAUUUUCUACAUAUGUACCACAGUUUUGGGUCCAGUAUGAAAUAAUUAGUGCAUAUUCUCCAAAAGAACUAGACGAGAAAUAGCAUGGAGCACACGCUCGCCAGAGCUUCCCUUCCAGCCAGGAAGGUCAGGAGACUGUUAGGGUUUCUACUCUGCUGCAAAGCACAUUUCAGACAUCAAUUUCAUUCAUCCUUUCCUAUGACAUGUUUUUGAAUUUGUCCCCCCAGAAAUACAACACACUAUUUUGUGUCUUUGAUGUGAAGAUUGUCCUUUGAUUGGAUGUUAAUAAUAGUACUUCAUUUGUAUUGUAACACUCCAUGGCUUCAGAGAUGUGGAUGAUUUUGAUAAGUUAGCAUGAUCAGUGGUAUGAUGGAAUAAAGUAAAAGAUUGGAAUUUAAUACC